UCGAGCUGAUAGGACGUGUCUGUUUCUCUGGAUAAACAAAUAUACAAGUUAUUAAUAAUUCUAUCAAAGGGUCAGAAGAGACAGCUCACAAUGAAGCCCGUGGUUGUUCUUCUCCUCCUGGGACUCAUGGUCCAGGACGCCGCAGCAGUGACUCACUCUCUGAAGUAUUUCUACACUGCGUCUUCUGGAGUCCCAAACUUCCCAGAGUAUGUGUCUGUUGGAUUGGUUGAUGACGUUGAGAUAACUCACUAUGACAGUAACACCAUGAGAUACGAACUCAAACAGGACUGGAUGAGCAGAGUCACAGCAGAUGAUCCUCAGUACUGGCACACGAUGACUGAGGCCUCUAAGGGUUCCCAGCAGACCUACAAAGCCAACAUUGAAAUUGCAAAGCAGCGCUUCAACCAAACUGGAGGUGCUCACAUUUUCCAGGAGAUGUACGGCUGUGAGUGGGAUGAUGAGACUGGAGAGGUCAAUGGUUUUCGUCAGUGGGGUUAUGAUGGAGAAGACUUCAUAUCAUUUGACCUGAAAGCAUUGAGAUGGAUCGCUCCAAAACAACAGGCUCUCAUCACCAAACACAAGUUGGACAAUGACAAAGCUGAGAUAGCUCAGUAUAAACACUACCUGACCCAGGAUUGUCCUGAGUGGGUGAAGAAGUAUGUGAACUAUGGGAGGAGCUCUCUGCUGAGAACAGAUCUUCCCUCAGUGUCUCUCCUCCAGAAGUCUCCCUCCUCUCCAGUCAGCUGCCACGCUACAGGUUUCUACCCUGACAGAGCCAUGAUGUUCUGGAGGAAAGAUGGAGAGGAGCUUCAUGAGCACGUGGACCUCGGAGAGAUCCUCCCCAACCACGAUGGAUCCUUCCAGAUGAGUGUUGACCUGGACCUUUCAUCAGUCCCAGCUGAAGACUGGAGGAGGUACGACUGUGUGUUUCAGCUCGCUGGUAUGAAGAAAGAGGACGACAUCGUCACCAAACUGGACAAAGCAGAGAUCAGGACCAACAGAGAGAAGCCCACUGACAUGACCAUCCCCAUCAUCGCUGCAGUGGUUGUUCUGGCUCUCGUCCUCCUCGCUGUGAUCGGUGUCCUAGUUUACAGAAAGAAGAAAGCUGAAAAGACUCAAAACAAACCAGCGACUACUACAAGUAACCCUUCUAGAGCAGCCUACAGCAACAUGUCACUGAACGGGUCAGACACUUCUUCAGAUAGCUCUCCUAAUGGUUCUAAUGAAGGUGUAAACAGCAGCACACCAUUGACCACAGGUUGACCGGUACGGUGUGAAGAGGAGGGUGAAGAAAUUGGCAACAUUAAACAUUAUUUACAAAACUUUUACACAAUCUGUAAUCCAAACAAAAGGGCCACCUCAUAACCAACAUGGAUUGAAUAUCACUUAUAUUUAUGGGGGUCAGAAAACUGCAUUACAAUGAGGCUUUAAAGCUGCACUAAUCAAUAUUUGUUUAUGAAAAAGGGAUGAACUGACAUAUCUGAUAUCUGAUGUGUGUAAUGUGAAAGGUAACACUUGCAGUGACGAUCCCACUGAGAAUAAUCACCAACUCUGGUUAAUGGAUAAAUGAAACCCAUCUACGUACAUACAUUCCAUCUCCAUACAUCCACUCCUAGGGUGUGGCAGUGAUAUCAUGAUAUAAACCUUGAGAUAA